AUGUGGUACUUUACGUGGCUGUUCGUAUUGGAAGCACUUGCAAUAGUCAUCGGAAACGCAAUCACAAUUGUAAUAUUUACAAGAUCUCCACGUCUGAAAAGACGUAAACACGCUUUAAUUGUAAGCCUGUCUGUCGCAGAUCUACUCGUGGGACUGGUAUCAAUACCUGUACAUGUCAGCAUGCAAACAGCUGUUCAAAUAUCACUCAUACAUCGUAUUAUAUAUCCAAUACAAGACUCCAUAUUUGGAACAGCGUCCUUAUUUGGUCUGACAGUUUUGGCAGUAGAGCGCGCAUGCGCUACUUACUUUCCCAUAAGRCACCGUACUAUCAGYAACGUGCCUUAUAUURUUGGUAUAGCUGUCACAUGGGUGCCUGCUAUUGUCGUUUCUAUUGUUUCAUACUUUACCGAUACGUUCACCGUGGUCAAGGGAGUYACAAUUUCUGCAGCAUUACUGACAAUGGUUUCUUCUUAUUUCCUUAUAUUUAUUCAUAUUAAUUGUAGACGAAACGGUGCAAAUCUUGGAAUUCAUCGACGCAACAAGAAACUAACMAUAACUCUUGCUAUYGUGACCGUAAWAAGUUUAUUAACAUGGCUUCCAUAUCAAAUAAUYGUAGUUUAUGUKUCGGUGUACUAUUAUCCAGMAACMUUUUCGUUUUAUUUGUUGCGCAACGCAGCUAAAUUYCUGCAUUACAGUAAUUCUCUUGCAAACAUUGUAGUCUACGCGUUUCGAAUGYGCGAGUUCAAAAGUGAAAUUSUACGAGUCAUUAAGUGUUGUASUAACAGCCAGGUUCAUCCAAGCACUGGAGUAGAACUUAGAAACGUUGGACGAAGCGUYAAUAAUGACUCUACUGGAAGAACAACAGAAUUGUACGCGCARGGCUCGUCGAAUCGYYAACGAUAAAUCCGAAAAAGAUUGAACAAGACCGWGAGCAGAGGCGAGGGCCGKCUCACUCUGACCGUUAUAAGCUUGWAA